AUGGCCGCCAACUCCUUCUACACUAUGAGGCCUGUCAUCCCCCAGACGCGCACCGACACAGCGUCUCGGGUGACCAUCAAAAACAUCCCCAUGGGCGUCACCGAGGCGCAGCUGAAGGCGAACCUCGCGCAGCACGGAGACAUUCGCAUUCACAUGUUUGUUCCUGGAACAGAGUACGGGAGUGGGUGGGCGUGGGUGAGUUGCGAGCAGCAGCAAGACGUGCAGCGGCUGCUGGCGUGUGCAGCAGAGCGCCGCGAGCAGGCAGCAGCAGCGCUGCGCGAGCAGCAGAAGCAGCACAAGGCUGCAGCAGGCCCUGCUGCUGCUGCUGCAGCAGCGGACGAAGCUGCUGCGGCGGAAACCGCAGACGACGCCAAGAGCAGCGACUGCUCAGACGAAGCCAGAAGCGACGCGUAA